AGCAGCGGCCCCGGCUCGGCGGCGGCUCUCUGGUGCGGGCUGCGCGGCCGCCGCGGAACCGGCGCCGGGUCAGUGCGUCUCUGGGCGGCGGCGGAGCCACCGGUGAGUUCUGCGGGAACCUCCGGCGGCCGUUCGCGCUUUCCCUGGGAGGUUCGUGUUUUUAGCAGUGACAAGAUGACAAUCCAUAUUUUUACCCAAGGAUCCAGUGAGUCAUCCUAUUAACUCUGCUGAAAUACAUGCUUGCCAAUCGUCCUGCCACGUUAGCCAACCUACAUCACAAUGACUGAGGACUUAGACCACAGGUUCAGUAGUCUCACUUGGGAUCAGAUUAAAAUCCUGGAUCAAGUUUUAGCAGAGAUAAUACCCAUUCAUGGAAGAGGGAAUUUUCCAACACUGGAAGUAAAACCAAAGGAUAUAAUUCGUGUGGUUAAGGAGCAGCUCAUUGAAAAGCAAAUCAACAUACGAGAUAUCCGCCUGAAUGGUUCAACAGCUAGCCACAUCCUAGUGAAGCAGAAUGGAACAAGUUAUAAAGACCUAGACAUCAUUUUCGGGGUGGAACUUCCAAGCGAGCUUGAGUUUCAGGUUGUUAAGGAGGCAGUUCUUAAUUGCCUAUUAGACUUUUUGCCAAAAUGUGUUAAUAAGGAAAAAAUCACUGCCCAGACUAUGAAAGAUGCCUACGUGCAGAAGAUGGUCAAAGUCUCCACGGAUCACGAUCGCUGGAGCCUCAUCUCACUGUCAAACAACAGCGGCAAGAACGUGGAGUUAAAGUUUGUCAAUUCGCUCAGGCGACAGUUUGAGUUCAGCGUGGACUCCUUCCAAAUCGUGCUGGACUCCAUCUUAAAUGUUUACAGAGAAACAGACUGCAAACUGACAGAAGACUCUCACCCCACUAUUAUUGCGGAGAGUAUGUAUGGAGACUUCAAUGAAGCAAUGGACCAUUUAAAAUACAAACUGAUUUCCACGAGGAACCCUGAGGAAAUCAGAGGAGGUGGCCUUCUGAAGUACAGCAAUCUCCUGGUUCGUGACUUUAAGCCAGCAGAUGAGGCUGAAAUUAAAUCUCUGGAACGUUACAUGUGCUCCAGAUUCUUCAUUGAUUUUCCAGAUGUUGCUGAGCAGCAAAGGAAAAUUGAGUCAUAUCUGCGCAACCACUUCAUCGGGGAAGAAAAAAGCAAGUAUGACUACUUGAUGACUCUGCGUGGAGUUGUAAAUGAGAGCACAGUCUGUCUCAUGGGACAUGAGCGAAGACAAACUCUGAAUAUGAUUACAAUUUUGGCUUUAAAAGUUCUCGGAGAACAAAAUAUUAUCCCAAACGCAGCUAAUGUAACAUGUUAUUAUCAGCCUGCUCCUUAUAUCAGUGACAGAAACUUCAGCAAUUAUUACAUUGCUCAUGGACAACCACCUAUCAUCUACCAGCCAUACCCAUUUCACAUACAAAUGCAAAGUGGCAUGGUUUAGGAACACGGUAACCUUCUCAGCACUCACACCCCUCUCUUCCUACUUCUCUUCGUAAUAAAGGCCUCAUUCAACCAAGUUUUAUUAUCACUUUUGAUUUGAAGACAUAUUUUUGUGCAAGUUGCCAAAGUUAUUUGGUCAAUGUCUCAAACACCUUUAAGCAGAUCACAAGAAAAAUGUCUCUUGUUAUUCACGGUGAUAUAUUUAUGUCUCCCACUUGUGUUUGGAUGAAAAGAGAAGGAUAUAAAUUAUUCUAAUUCUAUAAGAUGAAAUGCACUAAGUUCUGGGUUCUAAUAAAUUCUUAAGCAAAAUUUUGAAAGUGUAAAAUUAAGCUAAUCAGAUACCUCUCAGUAGAAAUGCCUAAUUCUAGAAUUGCUGGUGUUCUGGGUACUUUACACUAGAGCAUCCAACAGUUAUACCCAUGCAGGUUCCAACACCACUUAUUUACAGCAUCUUUUGAAAAUGCACAGCAAAGGACUGUUUCUGGAUGCACUGAGUGCACUCUGUAAGCUAUACCUGGUCGUUUCCAUCAGAGAUAUGAGGUCCCUUCCCCACUCCUCAGUAGGGUUUGGGAUGAAAUAUCCCUACCACGAGCAGAAUCAGACUUUUUGGGUAUCCAAAAUUGCUGCCGAUCUGAGUGAUUUUGCUACUAAAGAGUUGAACCCCAGGUUCUGACUCACAGGUAAUAAAAGAGAUACUACUAUUCUGAUUAGAUUAGCCCUGAACAACAAGGUAACAGAGUGAGAAAGAAGGUGAAAAUUGAGCACACAGGGCUUGCUUUCUAUUGCUAAUUUGUUAUUGAUCAGAGAUGCUUCAAUGCAUAAUAAACAGAGUCAGGGGAAAAGAAAGAACAGCCCAGGACUACGUUGUUUUUAGGUGAAUUAAAACAAACCCUUGGCAGUAGCAUCAGAACAAAAAGUUUUAUAAUGGUAGUGUCACAUCAGCUUCCUUACCUGCACUCAUACCCCAGUAGCAAAUGAAGAAUUCUCUUAUGUUCAGGAAGCAUUGCAAAUUUCCAUGUGUGUUUACCAAAGAUAAGUUUAAAACAUGUCACAUAAGUGCCUCCCUGUGCCAGUUGCUCUGUGAAAGUUAGAAUGCUGUCUGCAGUUGUGCCAGAGAGCUCCUGAAUGAUAAGAAGGGAAAGAAAAGUAUAUAGCCUUUGUAGCCUUAGUAUGAGCAGGUUUGGAACAGAGGGUGCUGAGGUUGCUCUCUCCAAAACACCUCCAGUUUAGCUGCUGAAUGAGGUACAGAAGUGAUGGAAAAGGGAAUGAAGGGAUGCGGUUGUAAAAUCAGAACAGUCAACUGGAAAUGCAAGCAACAGAGUUUUGUACAUCUGAUGCUUAACGUCACUGUGUCACAUUGGCAUUCAUUACUGGUUCAUUUUGUGUCCUCCUCCUCAUUUUUAAAAGCAUUGAGUACAUUUUAUCUAUUUACAACAAGUGUCAGGUGUUAGAAAUUUCUACUUGGAAAAGAACAUCUGAUCUAUUUUACACAAAAGUAUGUUAUGUACAAAUAUUUAAAACAUCUGCAGGAUGUGUAAGGUCUGUGAUGUUCUACUUACCAGUGAAAUGUAGCUUCCCCAUCAUAUGCCUGUACAGUAGAACAAAGAGCUUUUUAAAGACAACUUUGUUGACCAUCAUCACUACAGUUCAUCCUUUUCUGUAAAAAUACAGUGCAAAAAACAUAAUGCAGAGUAAUAAAUUAGAAGUGCAACAUUAAGAGAGUACACUGAUCUACUUGAAAGUUGAUUCAAUUGGUGAUUUUUCCUUGAAUUAUUUUACUGCUAUUUUCCCUGAUUACUCAAGCCCAAUUCCACAUCUAAAAGCACAGUUUAUUUCACUUCCACUAGUAUCUUUUCCACUGAUUAAACUAUAUUUCAUAAAAUAGGCAAUUCUAAUUGCUACAUUAUCAAAUGUGAUAAUGCUAUGAAAAGAUUCCCUGCCAGAAGCAAAAUGGAGUGAGACACGGUGCAUUUUUUUCUUAACUGGGUUGUUUAUUUCAUAAAGUGCACCUUUAAAUUUAGUUUGAUAUUUUGCAAACUAAAUAGCACUGUGAAUUUUUGUAAGAGCCUUGUUUAGAUUGUGCCCCUGCUCGUGCUUGCUCAGCACAUGCAGGGCCAGGAGCUGCAAGCUGGGCUGUGCACAGCUGGGACACCCAGACAAACCUGCAGGAGUCAGGCAACACAGCGCCUUCAUUGGCUCUUGCACUCCCUGAGUUUGCUCGACUUAGCCCAGCUCCGUUGACCUGUGAUCAUAAUGUAACGUUGCUACAGCAACUUAUUACUCCUCCUCUCCUGAUUCUCUCACUUCCUGGGAGGACAAAUGGGUCGAAUGCCUCAAGAACCAGAAAGCAGGUCAACUAAGAAGGGGGUGUUCUCAAUAUACUGGAUACCCCAUGAUCCACUACCUGCCGAAAUAUUUCAAGAAAUUGUGUUUGUUGGUUUUUCGUUUUGUAUUAAACCAAGUGGAAAUGUGUAUCCCCCUGCAGGAAGGAUUACAAUUCUGUUUUGAAUCACACAUGCAAAAUGAUGAACUCUGGACUUGUAUGAACCAGCCUGUCCACUUGUACAGCAACUGCUCAUUCAAAUAUAUAUAUUUCACUAUCUUACAUCUUUGUUUAUAGAUCCAGGUUAGAUAAGUUAGGACUCAGCCAAAGUCCACUGAGCUAGAGGGGAGGAUCCAGCUAACUCCAAUGGACUUUGGGUGAGACCCCAAAAAGUGCAAAGGAUUUCUGUGAGUACCUAAAGGUACAAAGACAUCAAUAUGCAAAAAUGUCUCAGGUAUAAAUAAACCCUUUAACUUUAUUGAAAAGGACUUGUAUUUCUUACCUACAGGUAGUUCAUUUUGAAGCUUCAGCACGGUUUGCGAUUUUAUAUAUAUAAUAUAUAUAAAAUCUCACGUGUCUACACAUGUACAGGUCAUUAACAAUAUCUGAUGUUGUCUUUUAAAUAUUUCCUUCCAAAUGCUGAAGGAGAUCUGGCAGCAGAGUUUGAACUGGAGGUGGUUUUUAAGGUAGUAUUGAUUCCGCAAAACUAUUUUAGAACAGAGAUGAAGUUGUACAGACCGCUGCUUGCAAAGCACUGAUAACAAUAUGUAAAACAUAAUACUUUCACCUCUACUCCAGCUGUUACCUAUUUCACUAUGUGCAAAUCUACAAAGAAUUGAGAGGGUCUUCUCAGCACCAGUAUCCUAAGCUUCACAUUUACAAUAUAUCAUGUUGUUAUGAUCUGUUCAAUCAUUACUAUACCUGGAAAUUGUAAGGUUGAUUUUAUUUAAUCACAGAACUUCUCAAGGUUUACAGCUUACAGUAAUCUAAUGUUGUCAGGAUGUAAUUGUUGAAGUUUUAAGUGCUUUCCUAAAAAAAGUCAUUUGAAUUUUGUGUUAUGUUGUAAAAGGUCCAUUUGAAGCAUAUACUUUAUGGUAGUUCCUUUCAAAUGUAAUUUGUGAGCUUUAUACUCCACAUAUUACAGAGGUUUUUGUGAUGGAUAAAAGAAAUGUAAAACUGUCCUUGCUCAAGCUGUUAUAUUGUCUGUUGUGUUACACUGAUCCUGUAAAAUAAUGGAUCCAAUUUACCACUGUGCCACUUUGAUUUUUUAGCUACGUAAUUUGACUUAUGUUAGGAGUUAUGUCAACAUAAAUUUGGAUCUGGAGUUACACAGGGGGUAUCCAACACGAUGUUUAGAAGUACCUGGAGAAAGAACAGCACUGAGUUCAGACAAGUCGGAAUAGCUGGGAUUCUAAUGGUCAGUUUUUGUUUGAUAUAUUUUCCUUUUGUCUAAAGAAAUGGGAGGAUAUACAGAAACAAAGCUGUAAGAGGUAUUUCACGUAAUGUGCCAUCUGAAGCUGUUUAAAAAAAACCAUUGUAACGCUAAAAACGUGUACUGAUCACACAGAUCUGUAGGCCAUUAGUCCACAGUGUUGACUAGUGCCUUUGGGUAUUCGGGAAGCAAUCAUUAAAAUAACUUUCUUGUUAAAUGAAUGGUUUG